UUUUUUUUAAAGGUGAAAAAAUCACUUCAAAUAAUUUAAAUAAUUAAGGAAAUGAUAACGGAUGGCCGGCCGGAUGCAAUUAUUUAAAUUUUUCCGUUCAGAAUGCGAUUCAAAAUUUACUCCGACUCUGACGUCAAUCACGGUGCUGCCAAGAACAGAAAAAAUAGAAUUCUUACGCAACCUAAUAACGAAGAUCAUUUGCAUAGGCGCGAGGUAGGAAUUCUAAUUUUUUUUUACACUGAUCAAUAUAUCCGCUAUUUGACUGUUGCAAAUCAGCUAGCGAAUAUUUUUUUUAAAUCAAGUAUUACAAGAUCGUUCUUGUAGAACGCUUAAAUAACUGUUGAAAUUGAAUAGUAUUGCGUGCAUCGUAUUUUGCGUAUUACGUUCAGUAGUGUUGCGUAAUGUAGCGUCAAUUCAACUUCAUUGAAAAACUAGGCUGUCGAAUCCAUUUAGGCAUUUACUGCCAAGUCUUCACCAAACUUUAAAAAAAUAUAAAGGCGCAUGUUUUCGUCUGACAACUUGAACGGCAUUGCGUUAGUGAAGAUGAGUGGCACCAUACAAAACUCUAUGGUUCGCUUUGAUUAUUCCUCGUAAAUAAAGUAGUUUAAUAGGACAGACGAGGCGAUAAGCGAGAGUGACGAAAAUCUUUUGGUGUGUUUAGAAGAGCAGCAAUGAGCGGAUGAGUUUCCUAUUAAAAUUCAUUGAGCAAUAUUUGACCUACUUUGCAAUAGACGUUUCAAAAUUGUUACCAAAAGAUCAAAGUACAGCUAGAUCAGAAGCUUUAAAAACCCUACAACAGCAUCAACGCAAAGUAGUGAACCUGUCUAGACUCUUCGUCAGCAAGAACGGGUUGAGACGUUCGUAUAACGUGGCGAGAGCCAAUCAUUUUCAAUUUUUCAUUUUAUUCAGUGUAUAGAGAGGCAUCUGUUAAUUUGAAUAAUUCUUAUUCAUUUUUGCAUUGCCCUUCUUGCCAAACGAACAAACAUGAGAUUCUCUGCGAGGCACGCAAUGCCCGUGGGGCUCGUUGUGGCAAUUUUGCUAUUCACUGCUGGACUGGGAGACAGCCACCCGUUGAACGAUGAAACAAAGAAAGUCGAUUCUCAUUCUUGCGUAUGUAAAUCUUGUUCGGAGAAGAGUGUAGAUGUCGAGUGCGCAAACAAAUUCUCUGCUAGAGAAAUCCAAUCCAUCUUAAAUCGGACGGACUUUGUCGGCGAUCUUUUCGAACUCCAUUUGAGAAUCUCGUCGCCAGUUGUCAGUUACAUUCCAGCUAACUUGCUGAGCGGCAGAAGCUUUAACCGAAUUUUCAUUUAUUGUGGAAAUGAUUCGGCUCCGACACAACUCAGAAUCGAUCCAAAUGCAUUCCGCACUACCAGCCACCGCACCGACAUCUUCAGAAUCUUUAAUUGUGAUUUAAGUCAGCAGGACGAUUUGGCCUUUUUGACUGAUUUCAUCAAAUUGGCAAGCUUGUCUUUACAAAGCUCUUCUAACAUUCACAGUUUUGCAAAGCUGCCUGUUUUGCCAAAUCUGAAAUCGCUCACCAUUUUCAACUGCUCCGGUUUGGAAAGACUGGCAAUGUUUCCUAUUUCUGCCAUCCCCGCUGGGCUGAAGGAACUUGAUUUGGCAUUGAACAUGUUGAAUGACCAAAAGAUGGAAAUGAUAUUGAAUUCGAUUGUUUCGUCGUCUUCGGCCAGAACUUUGGAAAUGUUGAGAUUAAGCGGGAACCGGUUGACGCAAAUUCCUCAGUACAGAAUACUUUCUUCUUUCACUCAACUAAGCCACCUCUAUCUUGAUGGAAAUUCGAUUCCAUCGAUCGCCAAGGGAUCGCUUGACUUUUCUUCUCAGAUGCCCAAUUUAACCGUGUUAAAUCUUAUGAAUAUUGGUCUCACGGAGGUUGAACCCAAAGCCUUUAAAUAUGUAAGCGCCAAAGUCCAUCUUGAUGUCAACAACUUGACACGAUUCGACUCUUCCGUUUAUAAACAAAUGCUGAAGCGAAGCGUUGAAACCGGGCGUGGAGGACUAACUUUUACUUCAAAUUUGGUUGACUGCAGUGAUUGCAGACUAGUCUGGCUGAUCAGAAACAACCGUCACUUGUUACCCUCCGUUCGGGGAACCUGCGUCACCAACUCCACUAAUAGCGCUAAAUUUGAAGACGUGAAAAUCAGUGACUACGAUCAUUGUGGUGACAUUCACGAUGGGGAUGAUGAUUCCAAAUCGUCGUCGUGGUUCUACUUCUUUUUACUCAAAUUAGUUGGAGUCAGAUUGUAAAAGCUAGAAAAACUGUUAGCUAGUGGUUUUAUUACCCAACCAAAAGUUCGUUGUCCUUGUCUUGUUGUUCCAAAAUCCAGUUUGAGCUGUUUUUUGUUUUUUUUUACUGGCGUUGAAAACUUGAAUGUUGCCACAUUCUUAUGCAAUGCAACAAAAAUAAUCCGCCUUUUGAAAGAAACUUGUUUUACUCGUCUUUCUAGUUGCUUUUUUUGUUGUUGCCCUUGGUCUGGAAAGAUGGCCAUCAGUUUUAAACCGUUCUCUCAAGUUCUAUAUGGGCUAACGAGUUUUACCAAUUAGUUGGUGAGCCAUUCGGGUGUAAAUAGUCACACUGCUUUGCAUUGUCUUGUUGGACAGCUGUCAACUUUUUGCCGAAAUACUUGCCAACUUUUAUACAUAUGUACCGUAUUAAGAUUUAAAAAGUUGAAACGAAUGCUUCACUUUUUUUUCGACUCGAGUUUCCUUAUUAGUGUGGUCAAUGGCCUCUCAACAAUCGUUUGAUUCUUUUCCCACGUUUACAUAAUGGGAUAGCUAUAGCACUAACAUUUUCUUGUGAAAUACCUUGUGUAAUACUAACGUGUAAAUUAAAAGAGUAUUCACAAACCUUUUUAAUUACACGAUAGGCUUCAAAAAAUGAUACAUGAUCGUAAAAUGAACUGAAUACCCCAAACAUUUGGGAUUAAAGAA